GUCAUGGUUGGUUUCAUUGAAAUCCUUUGUUUGUUAGUAACACGACACCUGAUGGCUCUUGUUAGGUGCGUAUUGACCGAAAGGAGGUGAUCUGAACCCAGCAAACAAUGACCUGAUACGCGCCAAUGAUCUCACCUGUGCUUCUUUGAAUGACUGUAUGGAAAUGGAAAUAGCAAAUGUUUGUAUCAGGGAAGACCAGCUCUUGACCGAAACUCGAGCGUAAAGCAGCCAUUCGCCAUUGGAAUUUCUACCAGAAGGAGCCAUUUUCUUUGCGCGACGCAGUAUUUAGUCAAGAUAAUUUUCCUCUCUUUUAUUGAAGUAAUUAUGGCGAGUAAAUCUGUAAAAGCAAAGACAAAGUCCAAGUAUACGUAUCUCCAUGAGAUUAUUUGCGAGAUUGAACGAGAAAGUGACACAGAUGAUCUAUCAGAUUGUGUGUCAAGUUUGGACAGUCACUUUGAGGACAUGUUUAUGCAUGGUGAGGAUGCCAUUCUCGAUUGUCCCAGUCCCUCUGAUUCUGAUUGGGAGCCCCCACUGAAAGGAGCUGGACCAUCUAGCCGGACCCCUGCUGUCUCCGGCUCCACACUUACCCCUGCCCUGCAAGGUGUGAAGUCUGUGACAAAGAAGCGGAGGUGGGGAAGGGCUAAACCUGCAAUCAGAGAGGAGGAGGGUCGUUGGCACUCUGUGCUGGAGGAGGAUGUGUUGCCUACACCUCCAGUAUUCAGACCGAAGAGGCCAACAGGACCUCAGCUGGACAUGACUUCUAAGUACAGCCCCAUGCAACUUUUUCAGCUGUUUUUCACCUCGGCAGUUGUUGAUUCCCUGGUGUCGAACACAAACAAGUAUGGUGCUAAGAAGCAGGCGGGCAAGAAAGAGGGAUGGAAGCCCAUUUCCAUUUCAGAUUUUUUUGGGUUCAUGUCAAUGGUCAUUUACAUGGGUCUUGUGAAGCUAAAAUCCCUGAAAGACUACUGGAAAACUGCUUCCCUCUAUCAACUGCCUUUCCCAUCCACGGUCAUAUCAUGCAAAAGGUUUAUGACAAUCUCAGGGGCGCUUCAUAUCAGUGACCUAGAAGUUGAUGAGGACAACGAGAAGAAGAGAGGCACAGCUAGGUUUGAUAGGCUGUGCAAAAUAAAACCUCUCUACCCCAGCAUCGUUGAGGCUUGCAAAACCUAUUUUCAGCCUGCCCAGAACAUUUCCAUCGAUGAGAGGAUGGUAGCUUCAAAAGCCAGAAUUGGCCUAAAACAAUACAUGCGCAACAAACCAACUAAAUGGGGUUACAAACUGUUUGUUUUGGCUGAUUCGGUGUGUGCAUACACGUGCAAUUUUUUUGUUUAUGAGGGGAAGAGCAGUUUUGCGACCGGUAAGGGACUUAGUUAUGACUCUGUUAUGCAGUUAUUAGAUUUUCAACUGCUGGGGAAGGGCUACAAACUUUUUGUGGACAACUUUUACACAAGCCCUACCCUGUUUACAGAGCUGAGGAAGCGGGAUGUGUGGGCUUGUGGCACCAUUCGGCCCAAUAGAGUGGGCUUUCCGAAAACCAAGGUGAAUGACAUGUCUAAGCGGGCUGAGAGGGGUACCAUGAGAUGGAUCCGUGAAGAUGGCCUGCUCUUUGUGAAGUGGAUGGACACCAGAGAGGUGGUCAUGUGCUCCAGUAUCCACAAGUCCUUCAGUGGAGAUCACGUCGUCAGGCGUGUGAAGGACGCUGCUGGGGCAUGGACCACCAAAAAUGUCCCCAUUCCUGACGCAAUCAAGGACUACAACAAGAGCAUGGGAGGUGUAGACCUCUCUGAUGCGCUUAUAGGAUACUACAAUGUUCUCAACAAGACAAUGAAUUGGUGCAAGACAUUUUUCUAUCAUUUCGUUGACAUUGCUGUGGUGAAUGCCUUCAUCCUCCAGAAGGAAAUGGCUCAGAGCUGUGGACAUCCCCCCAUCUCACAGCUAGCCUUCAGGGAGCUGCUCAUCCAUGAGCUUGCUAGCUACAGCAAGUCCACUGUAGCACCUUCUGUCCCCUCUACGUCUGGCCCCUCUGCUCCAACCAGUAGUGUUCACCUGCCCAGAUUCAUCUCUGCAGGCAUGAAUGUGCCUCAGGGCAAAAAGGGCACAAUAGGGAGACGUCGUUGUGUCCUUUGUCACAGGAAAUGCCCCAUCACCUGCACCAGCUGUUCAGUAACCCUCUGCUUUACAGCAGAAAGAGACUGCUAUUGGGCAUGGCAUCAGGAGAACAAUAUUGUGUAGAGGACUGAGGGUGUUCACAAUAUUGUACAUUAUACAUUGAAUGUGUGUAAAUAGUUUACCCUUGUUAUUUGAAAAUGUUUCAAAUGUUCAUUUUUUGGGGGGGUAUGUUAGAAUGGCAUUUGAGUGUUUUGUAUAUAGUCAUUUACUUCAAUGUAUCACUGUACAUUUGGGUACAUUUGGGCACCUUGUGUGGGACACCUGGGUGACUACAUGCUCAAUGUCAUGUAGCUCACUCAUUCCUGAAGAUAUCUUUCUAAAACUUUUUUCAAAUACUGUUGCCAUCUUAUGUUCUCCAUUUCUACCACCCCCAGCAUCCCAUCUGUAUGUUUGGAUGUUCUUGUUCAGUUGAAAGAUGAUUCCGCAACAAUAAAAACAGAAAACGAA